AUGUUGCCGUACGCCCAGCUAAGCGCCAAAUUACAAGACGGAGAUGGAACCACCUUCCAGUACGGCAACCAAGAAACCCACUCGUCACACCAUACAGUUAGACGUGCACAUGUCUUACGAGCGCCUAAGUCCCCUACAACAAUCUGGCCUGGCGAUUUCAUAGAGUUAUCACUCCCGGAUGACCUGAUCCACUCAGAUGACACAUUCGCAGUGGAACCACGUCUAACAGGUGAUUUAUUCAAAGACCACAAAGAAUGGCCAACACCAGAUAUAAUGUCCAGCGUUUCAGGGAAGAUUAGAAUUCCUAAUGACACCAAAGAGCUUCUUGUCCUCAAGAAGCAUGAGCACUUUUGCCAGGUUCAACAAGUAUUCACCAUCCCAAACUCUGGGACCGAGAUGGUCGAUAGUCAAUCAGAAAGCAUUCCUCUCAGACAGUCCACUACUACAUGCAAGGUCAAUUGUUCAGAACAGGUACGCAUUGACCCAGAUAACCAGUUCACACCAGACACUCGCAACAGUUUCCACGCCCUCAUAAAGGAGUACGAUGAUGUGUUUAAUCCACAUGUCCAUGGAUAUAAUGGAAAAUCUGGCCCGUUCAAGGCAGUUGUCAACAUGGGUCCUGUCCAACCCCCUCAACGCAAGGGACGAGUCCCACAAUACUCACGUGACAAACUUGUAGAGUUGCAAGACAAAUUCGAUGAGCUUGAGGACAUUGGUGUCUUCGUCAAGCCUGAAGAUGUGGGGAUAUCAGUGGAAUAUUUAAAUCCUUCCUUCCUUGUCAAGAAGUCAAAUGGUGGAUUUCGUCUGGUUACAGCAUUCACAGAUGUGGGGCGGUAUAGUAAACCACAACCAUCACUCAUGCCUGAUGUUGAUUCUACAUUACGCCAGAUAGCUGCAUGGAAGUACAUCAUAACCACAGAUUUGACAAAUGCUUUUUACCAAAUACCCCUGUCACGUGGAUCAAUGAAAUAUUGUGGUGUGGCCACUCCCUUCCGUGGAGUCCGUGUUUAUGCCCGAUCAGCCAUGGGCAUGCCGGGCUCUGAAACUGCGUUAGAAGAAUUGAUGUGUCGUGUGCUUGGGCACUUGCUCAAGGAAGGAUCAGUGGCCAAGUUGGCAGAUGACUUAUAUUGUGGAGGUAAUACCGUAGACGAGCUUCUGAAAAACUGGCGACGUGUUCUACAGGCCUUCCAAUUCAAUGGAUUAAAGCUUUCAGCUGCCAAGACUACUGUCGGCCCUUCUAGUGUGACCAUCUUAGGAUGGAUUUGGAAAAAUGGCUCAAUUCAAGCAAGUCCUCACAGAAUUUCCACCCUCUCUAGUUGCACCCGUCCAUCUACAGUCAAGGGUUUGAGGUCGUUUAUUGGAGCCUACAAAGUGUUAGCCCGGGUAAUACCAGGUUGUGCUGGACUAUUGGGUCCAUUGGACACUCUUCAAGCUGGACGUCCUUCAGCAGAGAGAAUAGUUUGGUCAGAGGUACUUAUCUGUGCCUUUGGAAAUGCUCAAUCUGCACUAUCCUCACAUAAAACCAUUGUUCUUCCUCGGAGGGAUGACCAGCUAUGGAUCGUUACAGAUGGAGCAGUGAAAAACCAUGGCGUAGGUGCUACUCUCUACAUUACAAGGAACAACAGUACUCUCCUCGCUGGUUUCUUCAGUGCCAAACUGCGCCAGCGUCAAAUGACAUGGCUACCGUGUGAAAUAGAAGCACUAUCUAUAGCUGUUGCCACCAAGCACUUUAGUCCUUACCUUGUACAGUCAAGCCUACAAGCAUGUAUCCUGACUGACAGUAAACCAUGUGUUCAAGCAUAUGAAAAGUUGUGUCGUGGAGUAGUAUAG